AUGCCUUCUGUAAGAGAAAUUCUACGCGAGACCGUGACAAGUUGCUUUGGUCGUAUAGACCGUGGCAUGGAACGACUAGAAAGAAUGACUUUGUCAUUUGUUACAGCAUGUGUUGAAAACGUUCACUACCAACCACUUGGGUUCCCAUCUUUGCAGUUUCUUUACGAGGACAUAGGGCUCAUCCACAUGCUUCUAGAGCUGUUAACCCCUAGCGGCAGACGACGCUUGGCUUUCCGUUUGAAUUUUGCUCAUGUUUUUCCAAAUCGCACAACGCGCCACGAAACUAUUGACCAAUUUGUGAAAGACCAAAAGGCACAGCGUGAUUUUGAUACCAAUCAGAUCAUCAAUAGGUUGCGAGCCAGACAGAACGCACUGAUAAAAAACAUAGACUAUCGCCGAGAGAACCCGGACUGGUAUGAAAAGAGAGACAAAGAAAGAUUUGAAGCGGAGAUAGCGGGACAACAUAACUCUGAGUACGAAGAGUCAAUGCGGACACUAAGAGAGCGUCAAACUACGACACCAGCAGAGCGCUUUUGGAAACAACAGAGUGAGCGUAAAAUAGAUUACGCUGAGCAUGAGCAACAUCUGAAGCAGGAGAAGAAACAGAAGGUGUUGGAAGAAGAACGCCAACGAAGGAGUCAAAUAAGAGGCGGUCCAAGGAGAUGGAAAAUGAUGUUUAAAAUGCUACAGAGAAAAAAGGACAAGGAGGUUGCAUAUGUGCGAAAACUGCAGAAGAUAGAAUUACAAAACCACCGAGUACCCUUAACAAGAGAACAAACCAAUGAAAACCAACAGAACCACAGAGUACCCUUGAAGAGAAAACAUACCGAAGGCAGGCAACAUAAACACAGAGUAUCAUUGAAGAGGAGAAAGCAAAUAGAUAAAAAGCUAAAGGCACAGGAUAAGGAGUUCACAGAUGAUUUACGGUUGAUUCGUUAUAAUAAGAUACGUGCUCGGGUAUUUUUCUUUUCUUUUUUAUUUCUAUUGGAUGCUGAGGAUGACAAACACAAAGAUGAAAGGCGUGACGAGAACAAAUCGAUGACCAAGGAACCACAAUUCAAACCGGAGAACAGCGAACACAAGAAGAAACGAAAGUUGAAUGAAUUAAAAGCAGAAUCAGUGAUGGGUGAAUUCGACAGCGGUAAUAACGACAAUAAACGAGCACUGCUUAACAAAGUACAUACAAAGUUGAAAAACAUUAUUUGCGCCACAGAGUAUGAAAGGAAAUCUCUGGUCGACAAAUUGAAGGCCGAGUUGGAAGAAAUUCAAAGCUUCUGCGCAGAAAACGACAAAAAUAAAUUAAAAGCUGAGAAAUCAGAGGAAAAGAGGAAUAAUUAUGGGGGAGGCGAUCGGAAGACGGGGCAGUCGGAGAAGCUUGCUGAGAUAGAGAAAACGAUGAGAAGAAGAGAAGACAAGGAAAUACAGUACGAUAACUUACCAAAUGGGCUAGAUAAUAUGGAGUUCAGUCAGGAUGAAAAGAAAGCAUUAUUGAAGGAAAUACAUGCGCUGGAGAAAAGGAUGAGAGAGGGAGAGGAGAAGAGAGGUCAGUUUGAUAACAUUCCAACUGGAUUGGUGAAAGUAAAGCACAGUCAAUGUGAAAAGAAGGAACGAUUGGGUGAAGAACCUGAAUUGGCGAAAAUGAUAAGAAAAUGUCAUGAGAAGAAAGGACAGUCCGAUAUGAUAUCAACUAGGCUGGAGAAAAUAGAGCACAGUAAAGGUGAAAAGAAGGCACGAUCGGGUGAAAGACCUGAACUGGAGAAAACGAGGAGGGAAGAUCAUGAGGAGAAAGUACAGUCUGAUAAAAUGCCGACUGGGCUGGAGAAAAUAGAGCACAGUCAAUGUAAAAAGAAGAGACGAUCGGGGAAAGCACAUGAGCUGGAGAAAACGAUGACGGAGGUAGAUGAAAAGACAGGAGAGUCUGAUAAAUCACCAACUGGAUUUGACUAUUGCAAGGAAGGAUCGACGAAAGAAAGAACUGGUGAAUUACAUGAGUUAGAGAAAACGGAAAGGGGUGAUAGGAAGGUUUGGGUAGAAAACCAAGAUGUAAAAUUACAACCUGAAUCUGAGAAGGAAGAGGAUGUUAUUGUAGAGAAGGCUGAAGGCGAGGUGGCCAAUGAGUCCCGCCUCCCUGGUAAGAGGGGCAGAAGCCCCUCGCCAAUUACCCCUGCAAAGCGGAGGAGGGCCAACCCAGAACCAACACCCCUCCUCCGCCGAUCAGAAAGGAUCAAGGAAAAAACAAAAGGCAACUACACCAGUGCCUCAGGCACCUCAAGCCCAAGCACCUCGGGCACGUCCAGCACCUCGGAGGCGUCCAGCACCUCAGGGGCGUCCAGCACCUCAGGGGCGUCCAGCACCUCAGGGGCGUCCAGCACCUCGGGGGCGUCCAGCACCUCGGGCGCAUCCAGCUCAAGUCCUCCAAUCCAUUGA